UUUUGCGAAUAAAACCUAAAAUCACAAAUCUAACCUCUCCGCCUCUCUCUCUCUCUCUCUCUCUCUCUCCACCGAUCCGCAACUCUCCGUCGCCGCCGUUCCCCUCCGUCAGUCGCCGCCGUUGGUCGCCGUGUUCUCCUAUUACUACUUCCGCUCUCAGAAUUCUCACUGAAAGGCGCCGCACUUCGAAUCUAGGAUUCUCUCGCGGGCACUUAGCAACCUCAUCAUGUCAAUCCCUAUUCCCUAGCCGUGAGCAUGCCAUGAUUUCAAAUACCUAAUACCAAGUAACAACCAAUGAAGAAAAAUAACUGUAAGAAAAUCUCUUUGCAUCUAUAUUUUCAUCACAGACUAUACUGUUAAAUAAAAUUAAUGGAGCUGAUUAAAGAUGCAUUUGAUCGUGUUACAAAGAAACAAAAGCUAUCAUGCUCCAAAACUCAAGAAGUUCUUGAUCUGAUUGACCAAGAAAUCAAGCAGACGUUACAGAAAAUACAAUCAUCUAAGGUUGAUUUGAAAUCUACCAUUGCUGAACUCAAAAACAAGUUAAAAGACAUUGCACCACUCAGUCAGACAGAAAGCAUCCAGAAGGAACUGAAUCUGGCAUUGAGCAAGCAUCCAAAGCUUCUCGAGAAAACCUUCAAUCCUGAUAUAGCCAAGGCUUAUAGAAACGUUGAGUUUGAUGCUCACACAGUUAAUGAGAUAAUAGGCAGUCAUUUCUAUAGGCAGGGACUUUUCGAACUUGGAGACUGUUUCUUAAGUGAAGCUGAAGAACCAGAAUCUGCAGCUGCUAUGAAAUCUCAGUUUCAGGAGAUGUUUCAGAUAGUUGAAGCAAUGAAAUGUCAGAACCUAGAGCCGGCACUGAAGUGGGCCAUUGGUAACUCUGAUAAACUCAAACCAAAUGGAUCAGACCUACUGCUGAAACUUCACAGUCUACAGUUCGUGGGUAUAUUACAGAAGGGAGACAGAGAUGGAGCUCUUCAUUAUGCCAGAACUUACCUUGCUCCUUUUGCUUCUGACCAUAUGGCUGAAAUUCAGAAGCUUAUGGUAUGUCUUCUAUGGACUGGAAAGCUUGAUAACUUACCAUACUCUCACCUAUUAUCCAAGGCCAAUUGGGACAAAGUGGCUGGGGAGCUAACCAGGCAAUUCUGCAAUAUUCUUGGCCAGUCUUACGAGAGCCCAUUGAGCAUGACUAUAGCUGCUGGAGUCCAGGGGUUGCCACCUCUUCUCAAGUUUAUGAAUGUAAUGGUAGGGAAGAGAAAUGAAUGGCAAACUAUGAAGCAGUUGCCUGUGCCAGUGGAGUUAGACCGUGAGUUUCAGUUCCAUUCUAUUUUCGUUUGUCCAGUCUCCAAGGAACAAGCAACCGAUGAAAAUCCACCUAUGUUGAUGUCAUGUGGACAUGUGCUUUGCAAACAGUCUAUUACAAAGAUGUCAAAGAACAGCACAAAAACCUUCAAAUGCCCUUACUGUCCUUCAGAUAUUGAUUCAGCACAGUGUAGGCAGCUCCAUUUCUGAUGUAUCUCCAAAAUCUAGCUGCAACACUCUUACCCAAACUUGUCAAGCUUGUAGCUUAUGUUUAUGUCGUGUAGUUCAAAUGUGUUGUUAUCGUGGAAAAAGACGGUUUGUCUAGCGUGCUGUUGAUCGAUGCCCUGGUUGUAAAUAGAUAUUCUUUCUACUGGCUGGUAGUUUAAGCAUUCCAGUUCCACUGUGAUCAAUUUGAAUGCAUGUUCUGGUUUCCCGAAAGUAAUGCACAUGCUGGAUCAUCCUGCUGAAGAAGUUCUGCUUCUCCUGAUGGGUCAUGUAAUGGGCUUAAUUAAAGUGUUGAGCUGGAUCUGUUUUGAUAUUUAUGGAUAUCAAAUCUAGGCCAGUACUACAAAGCCGUAUUUGGCGACAGCUUUAGAGUUAUUUCAUCUGAACUGAACUUUAUUAACCCAGCUCAAGCAGAAUGGCAGGUAUCCUUGAAUACUUUCUCACCUGUUACUAUCUGUAUCUUUUCAUUGUACAGAAUAGACAAUACAUGUGUAUCUUUUAGUAUCUUAAUUCACUCUUUUUUUAAA